AUGGAUUACGAGAUAUCGGAAGGCAAAGUAGUGGAGCUGAAAAUUCCAAAAGAGCAUGUAAAAAUGCUAAAUAUGGAGAACGGUGUUCACGUAAAGAUGAGCAACAUCACAUUCAAAUCUACCAUGAAAGUUACGCUUAAAGUUGGAGUACUCUUAUUCGAAGCUGGAGUACCGGGCGAUAUAACUGUAGAAACGAACAAUGCUGAGGUAGACAUUGCACUUCGAUGGCAAAACUUCACCUUAAAGCCAAACGUCACGGUGAAGGCAGAUUUUGACAUCAAAUAUGGUGGUUUGUUGAGCGCAGCUUCACUCUUACCAGAAGCCUUCUCUAAACAAGCUAAAAUUUACGCAGAGAAAAACAUUCCUUCUACGGUCUCGGACUACAUCACUCAAGUUUUAAACCCUCAUUUGAGUUCGCUGAGAAGAGUAUACGUUGGUUUGGGUUUAUCACAGUUUGACAUUUACUGGAGAACACAAAAUCAGACUAUUUCUAUGGCAAUGAGACCGAAAAGUGCUGGUCCAAUGAAAGAAGCUCUCAAACACAACCAAAAUGGUAAAAUGGUUUGUAUUACCAGCGAGAUCUUAUCGGCAUUCCGUCAAACUUCACGAGCCAAAAGAGAAGUGUUUGCUUCGAAUUUAGUUAAGAAAGCAGCUCCAGUCCUGAUUUCGUGCAAGUCACCACAAGGAACAUGCUCGACGUCGUCAUGUUCGUACUGCGUCGAUAUAAGGAUCAACCCCCCGAGUGCAAGAAAUGGCACUUCUGGUCUUGAAUUGCUCAGCACCUGUUUGCCAAAGUGA